CAUGGGAUGAUGUUGAUUUAAUAGCACAAACGCGAUGAGGUUAAGUGGUAUAAUUAUCAAUUAAUUUUGUAUACAUCCUUAUAUAUGUGUGCCUCAAAUAUAAACCCUGUGCGAACAUUCAAUGUGGUGUAUCAUGUAACGCACAAUUUACCUGGAACGGAAAGAUUUUUGUUAUUAAAAUUUUUUUCUCUCUUCCUAAGUUGAUGAAAGUGUAAAACGUUUACUGAAUAUUUAAUUACAACGUUCUAUGAAUAUGCUGGAAAUUAAUUGUUUCGCUGCAAUUAAAUUAAUUUUUUUUUAUUGAUGUCGAUGUGAAUUUUAAGCUUGAAGAUUGUAAUUAAAUUUGAUAGAGUCAAAUCAAACUAGAAGUUUUUGUAAUAGUCGUGAGGCUAUAAAUUUUAUUAAAUAAGAAAAUAAUGAAGAAGAAUGCUAGUGAUGUAAAAAGUUGAAUGAGAAAAUAAAGACACAAUGAACAUAAAUUUUGUUGAAUUUCUUCAAAUUAUUUUGUGCACAGCAUGCCUACAACUGGGAAUGGCAUCAAUUACGACAAUAAAACAUAAUCUGACAAAUAAUGAGCAUCAAAUACAGAGUAGUCAAUUGAACAAAGUCCACAAUGACGCAACAACAAUAAUAGAUAGACACCGACAACCAUAUUUUGAUCUUAACGAUCCGACAAUAUCCACAAAUAUAACCGUAAUGCAGGGAGAGAGUGCCUAUAUGGUUUGUGUUGUGAGAAAUUUGGGAAACAAUUCGAUAAGUUGGAUUAGACAUAAUGACAUUAAUUUGCUGAGUGUGGGAAUAUUCAAGUACACACAGGAUCCUCGAUAUCAGAUUUUUCACAAUUCACAUAAUGAUACUUGGACAUUGAAGAUACGUCGCGUGAGAAAAGAAGAUGAAGGCCUUUUCGAAUGUCAGAUUGGAAUUUCAACAGCACAGCCUGUUGGUCGAAUGAUUUAUUUAAAAGUUAUCGAUCCACAGCUAUCGAUACUCGAAGGCAAUGAAAUGUUCACUGAAGUAGGAUCAAAUUUAAAUUUAACAUGCUACAUUAAGCAAAUGCUGAAUGGAGACGAUAAAAGAUAUUCUCUGAGAUGGUCGUACAACAAUCAGGAAAUUAAUCAUCAUUCGCCCAGGGGCUUUUUUAUAAUAACAGAACACGAUGAUAGAGCUUCCAUAUCGCAUUUAAUGAUGAAAAAUGUGACAACGACAGAUACUGGAUUGUAUUCAUGCUCCACAUCAAUUGAUAUUCGUGCAAGUAUCACGCUUCAUGUUUUACAUAUGGACGUCAAAGCCAUGGAAACAAUCGUACUCAACAGCACAACAAAACUUCCGUCACCAAAAGCACUCACCUACUCAAUAAUCGUAACGACAAUGAUGACAAAAUUGUUAUUGUUGAAUCUUCUUUUAGAUUAAUCUCUCGAGGCAUUCAAGGUAUUUGUCUUUGCAAUAUCAAGUUCUAAAUUCCUUUUGAAAACAAUGUAAAAAGAAUGUUAAAAUAAGAUGAUGAAAAU